UGCUGCAGCAAGAUCCACAACGAGACAAUCAAUCGAAUCGAAUCGAAUCGCAUUGCAGUAGUGGAUUAUUAACCGUUCUCAAAAGCUCAGCAAAGCACAGACUAAGCGGAAAAAAGUAACGGCAACCGCCAUUCACUCUCGAGUGUACAGACAGACAGAGGAAUAGGGACCAGCCAGCAGUCGAUAAGAUUAACGUUAACUUAAUUAAAAGUAAAGAGAAUACGCAACCAUCGGAACCGAUCCAAAGCCCCAUAUCGAGUGGAUCCAAGUAUUAUAGAACAGUCCAAGUGUCGUGUCCGCCAGUGCAAGUGUCGGUACAAGCGUUCAAGUGUGUGUGUCUUUGUGUGUGUGUGUGUGUGUGUGUGUUAUUGUGCCCACAAGCCCACUCUGGAAUUAUGCAUGAAGGGUGACAACAAAACAGAACUAUUAACAGCCUAGAACACAGCAAAUCAGCGACAAGCAGCAAAGAAUCAUUUAAGCAAAACUCAACUCGAAAAUGUAUGUGGCAAAUACCACAGGCGGCCUGAUGCUGCAGACGAUGCUGUAUCUGGCCAAUCACACCAGUCGAGCGGCAGUCAACACUUUGAUUGACUUGCCACCUGCCCCGAAAAGCGACAUCAACGAGGUGAAGUGCUUUGGGGUCUACGGCUGCUUUCCCAUUAACGGGCCGUGGAACACGGUGACGCGCUCGAUCAAUGUCCAUCCGCAGAAGCCAUCAGAGAUCGAGCCGCACUUUACGCUCUACACACGCCGCGGCCUCGACCAGCACAAGUAUCUGGACCUCAACGAUCCGGACAGUGUGCAGAAUAUGGGCAUAAAUAGAAAGGGCAGGAUCUACCUGGUGGUGCAUGGCUACCUGGAAUCGGGCGAGAUCCCGUGGAUGCUGGACAUGGCCAAGGCGCUGCUAAAGCACGAGAAGGAGGGCGAGGCCGCUGUCGUCACGAUCGAUUGGGGCGGCGGCGCCAGUCCGCCAUAUGUGCAGGCAGUGGCCAACAUCCGGCUGGUGGGCGCCAUCACGGCGCACGUGGUGCACAUGCUGUACGAGGAGCUGGGCCUGCCCAAUCUGGACAACGUGCACAUAAUCGGCCACUCGCUGGGCGCCCAUCUCUCCGGCUAUGCGGGCUAUCACCUGCAGCGGGACUUUGGCCUGAAGGUGGCACGCAUUACGGGCCUCGAUCCGGCGGCACCGCUCUUCACGGACACCGAUCCCAUCGUCCGGCUGGACCGCACGGAUGCCCACUUCGUGGAUAUCGUCCACACCGACGCCAAUCCGCUGAUGAAGGGCGGCCUGGGCAUCAAUCAGCGCCUGGGGCAUGUCGACUUCUUCCCGAACGGCGGCUUCGAUAAUCCCGGCUGCGACAAGAAGCUGCAGGACGUGAUGAAGAGCAACCGCAAGGCCACUCUGUUCACCACCAUGCAGGAGUUCCUCGGCUGCAAUCACAUCCGCAGCCAGCAGUUCUUCACGGAGAGCAUCGGCACCCAGUGCCCAUUUAUGGGCAUAUCCUGCGACUCCUUCGACAGCUUCAAGGAGUUCAAGUGCACCAGCUGCGAGCAGCCCGGUCACUCGUGCAUGCGCAUGGGCUUCCACAGCCAGGAGGACUACCAGGAGCAGGUGGAGCGCGGCCAGCUGCGGCAGGGCGACUCCGCGGGCGUCUUCUACCUGACAACCGGCGACAGCAAACCCUUCUGCCGCCUCCACUACCGCAUCACGGUGCGUGUGUCUGGCCACGACGAGAGUACGCUGCAUGGCGGCGAGGUGGGAAUUCUCUCCAUUCGCCUGCACGAAGAAGUAGCCGCAGCUGCCGGUCACGACAGGAAGAAAAAGGCCACCACGGAGCUCAUGAAAUUCUCACCCAAGGCCAUGUACUUUGAGCCGGGCUACGAGUACAAGGCGCUGGUGCCCGGCAAGGAGCUGCAGCGGCCGGGACACGCCACCGUCCACUGGGAGUACCCGACGAGCUUCCUCAAUCCGCUCACCUGGCGCAUUCUCUCCUCGCCGCGCAUCUACCUGGAGUACAUACUCAUCGAGACGAUGGAGUCCAGCGACCUCUACCUGAAGCUCUGUCCCCAGCACGAGGGCGCCAUUCUGUCCGGCGCUGAGAAUGUGCUCCGCACUAGCUACUGCAGGGAUUGAUGACGAGAUUGUGAGUGACAGCAGCGCACAGCCCAAAAGGCGGCAGCACAAUUGAUUGUGUGUUCGUGUCUUUGCUUAGCAAGGAUAUGCACCGCCCGUGGUGGGUGUCUGCUGUGGGAACACUUUUUGGACUGCCCCCGUUUAUAGCAUCUUUUAUAGCACGGGGCUGUGCAGUGGGCAUGGGGAACAGACAGCUGGUAUUUUAUUAUAGUAUUUUUGAAUUGUUUGCAAAAUUAACAAAACAAAAAAAAAA